AUGGCGGCGGCGGCUCCGUCGCCGCUCACCGGGGUGGGCUGGGCCGCCGGGCCCGAGGCCGUCCCGCCGGGCUGGACCGCGAUCACGGUGACGGCGGAGGGCGCGCCCGCCGUGGUGGGCAAAGGCUUCGGGCACCGCGGCGGAGGGUGGUACCUGUGCGUGCGCCCCGCGGCAGCGCAGCCCCCGCCGUGCCCGGUGGUGACGGACGUGCUGGUGCUGAGCGAGCGGAGCCCGAACCCCCCCGGCUACACCCGCGCCCCCGAGUUCCCCGACCCCCGAACCGGCGUUUCCCGGAGGAAAAGGCUCCUGGUGAAGCUGGAGCAGCCGAGCGGGGCCGCGGCGGUGCUGGAGCUGCAGCUCAGCUCCAAGGGCAAAGUCCUGCCCCUCUACACCAAAAUCGGGGAAAUGGGGGGUUUCGCCAUUUGGUGCAAGAAGGGGCCGGUUGGGACCCGGCCCAGCCCCGACCCGAGGCCGCUCAGCACCGGGAUGGAGCAGCUCUCGCUGCAGCCCCCCAGGCCGCCCCCCCCUCCAUCCCGGAGCAAAGGCCGCUCCCCUCCCGAAUCCCUGCCCGACCCCUGCGGGAUCUACGGCCUCUCAGCCAUGGACGGAGUUCCCUUCGCCCUCCACCCCAAAUUCGAGCCCAAGCUCAGCUCUGGCCCCGCUCCGAUUCUGGCCGACCUGACGGUGAAAUCCCUCGCUGACAUCGAGCAGGAGUACAAUUAUGGAUUUGUGGUGGAAAGGACGGCGGCGGCUCGGCUGCCCCCGGGCACCUGAGCCCUUCCAGGCGACAUUCCAAAGGGAAUUCCAGAGCCUUGGAGCUGCUCCAGGAGGAAAUAAACCUGUUUCUCUGCCUA